AUGAUGAAGUUAUCACAACCAAUGUUAAAAAUGAUAAUAAAAAUACUAAUAUUAAUGAUGUUAUUCGUAAUAAUGUUCAUGAUAUCAACGUUCCUGUAUAGCGCCAAAUAUUGGCCUGAUGUAUACAAUUAUAUAAACGCAAAUAUAACGAUCAAAAGGAUUCCAACUAUAUCAGAGUUAGAACUGACUGUAAUCGAAGUGGAUUAUACAACAGAACAACCAUACACGUCCACUGAUGGCGAUUACAUUGAAGUUUCAACUGUAGACGAUUUUGAUAUCGACGAAUUUAUGAAAGACGAAAUUGAAUUUACAAAAAAAGUGAAACGACACAUUGAAGUCGAACAGUUAAAAGAUUAUAUCGAACUACCACCGAGACCUAUAUUCGUUGAUUAUAUAUUUAUCGAAGAACCGAUGAGACAAGAAACAGAUGCUUCAAAGAAAGCAGCAGAUGACGAUAAUAUACCAGAAGAAACAGACAAAAAUAUACUCAAAACAUCAGUAACAGGAAUUGUGAUAGAAGAUGAACAACCAAAAACUACAGUUAGUGAAGAGCCAGCAGUUAGAAAGAAGUAUUACACAGUACAACCAGAAAAAACUAAAGAAUCAAGACGAUCAAUUGACGAAGGAUUAUACACAACAGAGAUAUCCAAUAACGAACUAGAACACACUACCACUAUAGAAGGGUAUUUGGUUGGGGACAAUGAGAGAGAUGAAGAAGUAACAGAAGAACCAAUAGUUAUAACUACGAAAUCAAACGAAAACGAAUUACUUGAUGAUGAAGAUGAUUCACAACUGAUGAAGGAUUCGGUCGAUGUGAGUAACCUUAGUACAAGGAGUUCAGAUGACGUUGAAUUGGUGACUAGGAAACCUUGGAAAAUGCAGAUGUUGCCGGACCCCGUCUGCCACGGCGACUGGUCAUGCAAGGAGUUCACCAGGACGGUCUACCCGUGGGUGGUAUCCAUCUUCGUGACAAAUGACGGUGCAGACAGUCAGUUCAGUUACUACUGUGAUGGCGCACUGCUCACUGAGAAGGUUAUUGUCACUGGUGCCAGAUGCAUGUUCGCUAACAACAGCGCAUGGGAUUCUGAAAACGUGCUGGUGUUCCUCGGGAAGGUCAACCUGCAAGCUUUUGGAGGCAAAGAGAAAGUACACAAGGUAAAAACUCUAAUCCUGCAUCCAAACUUCACGACAGGAGCUAGUGGAAGGGUGAUGAAUGAUAUAGCACUACUGGUGCUGGAGGUACCUGUGGAGUUCAAGGACAACAUACAGUCUGCUUGCAUUCAUCAGGAGAACAGCCUCCUGGUAGCUGCGGCCACAGCAUGGGGUGCGAACGGUCUGCUGAUGCCGAUCUUCUUCAACAAUCAGAGAGGAGACCACUGCUAUGACAUGGACGAAAACGUCUUCUGCGUCACAUAUGGAAAUGACGUAGCCUUAUGCCCAAGUUUCGGCGGAGUAUUCGUAUCAAAGCAGACUGAGCGAUGGUGUCUCACCGGCAUAUACUACGGGGACCCGGCAGAGAGAGGCAUCUGUUUCAAUAAAAACGUAUUCUACACCUCAUUGUACAACCACUUGAAAUGGAUCGAUGACACUAUUGGAAUGAUAAAAAAAGCUUAUUUGUAG